AUGGAUGUCUCCAACGCACCAGCUCGGGCUCAGUACGAAAUUCCUGGGACAACAGACCUCCCUUCCAAGACGAUUGCAAAGAAGGCUGUUUGGAUGACUGCCCACGGUAUCCACGAUGCCGACCACUUGAUUUCCCUGCAUCGUGAAAAAGCAAACAUCCAGGCCUCUGGCUGGGACCAAGACGAAAAAGAUAUUGAAGCUGUUCAUUUCGAAAUAAAACAAACCCUCGGCGAAAUGCGUCAGCACGUUCGACAUCGCAAACGCGAGUACCUCUUCGCCCACGACGACCGCUGCUGGAAGACUGUUAUUUCCCAAUACAUGGAAGCCAUGACGAACAACAACACCGUGCGAACGCUCAUUAUGCGCAGUGCCGAGUGUCGCGCAUGGCUGAAACUGCCCAGUCGAGAUAUUUUCCUUGACUCCGACGCAAAUUGUCUCGCUAUGCUCAACCCGAUCGUGAGGGAGAUAUACCACCGCAAACUACACUAUCUUCCCAGCGGCGCCCAGGACCAAAAGCCCAAAAUGUCUGCUGAGACUGCUACCGAACCCGUCCCUCAGGCUGCCCCCGAGACGGUCGAGAAGCCUUCAGAGCCUGCCCCUGCCCCUGCUCCCGCCGACGCUGAAGCCAAACCUGCUGAGCCAGAAAAGGAGACACCGGCCGAUGUUGCUGCAGACAAAGACACGGAACCCGCCGAAAGUGCUCCCGAUGUCCCAGCAAAGCCAGAGUACCUCACCAAGGUUCCUGGCCUCGAGAACUUCUUCAAAAGCCUUCCUGCCAUUCUCGAGAAGACCGGCCACCCCGAGAUGUGGGGAGUGACCCUGAAGGACUCCGACGAUAUCCCUACAGUGAACGUGCUGAUCAAGUUCCUCCGUGCCAACGAAGGCAACGUCAAGCUUGCCGAAGAGCAACUCACCAAGGCUCUUUCGUGGAGAAAGGAGCUCAACCCCCUGGAAUUGGCUCAGAAUGCUAGCUUCAGCGCGAAGAAGUUUGGUGGACUAGGCUAUAUCACAUCAUACGUUGAUCCCAGUUUCGGAAAGACCGUCUUCACGUGGAACAUCUACGGUGCAGUCAAGAGCGCAAGUGAUACAUUCGGUGAUGCUGACGAGUUCAUCCGCUGGAGAACUGCACUGAUGGAAAAGGGUGUUCAGGAGCUCGGCCUGGCUGAUGCAACCGAGGUGGUUGACUAUGCUGGCGAAGAUCGCUAUCAAAUGGUGCAGGUUCACGACUACAAGGGCUUGUCCUUCCUUCGUCUGGAUCCUAAGGUGAAAGCCGCCACUAAGAAGACGAUUGAUGUCUUCAGCACCGCCUACCCCGAACUGCUUCGCGAGAAAUAUUUUGUCAACGUCCCGGCCAUCAUGGGAUGGGUGUAUGGUGCCAUCAAAGUGUUCCUCAGCAAGGCCACUGUUCGCAAGUUCCACCCCAUCUCUAAUGGUGCCAACCUUGGCCGCGAAUUCUCAUUUGUCGAGGAUCUACCAAAAUCAUACGGAGGAAAGGGCGGCGAGCUUCAAGAGACUGCCCACACCAUCCCUCUCGUGGACGACAUUCCAGCUGACAAGCCCGAGGCCGCCAAGGAAGAAGCCGUCAAGGAAGAUCCCGCCAAGGAGGAGCCUGCCAAGGAGGAACCUGCAAAAGAGGAGGCCCCCAAGGAAGAAGCUGUUGCUGCACCUGCGGUAGAGGCCGCCAAAGAGGAGCCGGCAAAGACCGAGGAGCCUGCCAAGGAAGAGCCCGUCAAAGAGGAGGCUGCCAAAGAGGAGGCUGCCAAAGAGGAGGCUGCCAAGGAAGAGCCCGCCAAAGAAGAGGCCGUCAAAGAAGAGGCUGCCCCUGCGGCCACCACCAAGUCUGCUGAAGAGCCCGCAAAGGCAGAAACUGCCCCUGCCGAGGCCACUCCAGCCGAGGAGGCAAAAUAA